UGUCUUGGCUUGGCUGGUCCAGCUGGCUUAAAAUGGCAGGAUUGCUUGCUGUGUGGCUGUGUCAUGAGUGUGGAGUCAUGUAGCUCCAGGACUCUUCAGAGGAGGGGAAGUGGGGAACUCUGCCUUGGUCCUUAAUGAAGGCCACCUCCACCCCAUCUAAAGCCAGAUGGAGUUUAAUGAUUGCUUCAGUCUGACCUACCCUCACAAGCCACACCCAGGGGACUUGAUUGAAGUGUUCCGUCCCGGCUAUCAGCACUGGGCACUGUACUUGGGUGAUGGCUACGUCGUCAACAUUGUACCUAUAGAUGGCAUUCCUUCGGCUUUCACAAGCGCCAAGUCUGUGUUCAGCACAAAGGCCUUGGUGAAAAUGCAGCUCUUGAAGGACGUGGUGGGAAAUGACACGUACAGAAUAAAUAACAAGUAUGACACAACCUACCCCCCUCUCCCUGUGGAGGAAGUGAUACAACGGUCAGAGUUCGCUAUUGGGCAGGAGGUAGCCUAUGACUUACUGGUCAACAACUGUGAGCACUUUGUGACCCUGCUCCGCUACGGAGCAGGGGUGUCAGAGCAGGCCAACCGAGCAAUAAGCACCGUUGGGGUGGUGGCCGCUGCCAUUGAUGUCUUUACAUUCCUUGGCUUGUUUCCAAAGAGAGGGAGAACCAAAUAUUAGCGGUUAAUUGAAGAGAUUGGAAUUGAAGACAUUUGUGAGGAGAAAGUAAAACCCUGCAGUGAACACUUAUUUUGAAGGCAUCAUUAUUGCUCCUGAGCCCCAUGAUGGAUGGCAGACUCUGCAAUAAAUUGCUUGCUGAUUUUAAUCUU